ACCCCCAACCUAAAAAACACAGCAAUCUGUUCCUCCGAAUAUAAACUUUCUCGCUCUGAUCUGUCUGAAAAACCAUUUUCUUUAAUAUCGAUCAUAGCCUGGUUGAGAUCGACUUGAGACAAGGCGUGCGACGAUCGAGCAUGGCGCCGCGUCUCUUCGCUUGCUUUAGGGGCAAAGGAUCAUCCUCCGCGGCAAACCACGGCACAUCUCACGAGAAUGCGACGGCGGACGUGACGGCGGAGGAGCAGAGGAGGGGUGGGGCGGUAGUUGUGGAGCUGUUUUCAUCACAGGGAUGCGCCACCUCCCCCGAGGCGGAGCUGCUCUUCUCCAGGAUUGGGAGGGGCGACUUCGAGCUGGAAGUGCCGGUUAUAUUGUUGGCCUACCAUGUUGAUUACUGGGAUUAUAUGGGGUGGAAGGAUCCCUUCGCCUCCAGCAAAUGGACCGUCAGGCAAAAGGCCUACGUUGAGUCCCUGCGACUCGACACCAUGUUCACUCCCCAGAUCGUGGUUCAGGGCAAGAUCCAAUGCGUCGCCAAUGAGCUCGAUGCCGUUUUAACCUCCAUUAAAUCUGCACCGAGAUUCCCUGCUCCCACCUUCCAGGCAACAUUUGAAAGAUCAACUUCAGAUUCCUUGCAAGUGUCCCUGACAGGAGCUUUAAGGAGCAAGGUGGACGGCAAUGGUGCAAACGUCAUGGUUGUUCUAUUCGAGAGCGGUUUGGUGACCAACUGCCAGAAGGGGGAAAACAGAGAUAAGGUUAUAGCCAAUGACUACGUAGUCAGGAGGCUUGAGAAGCUCUGCAGCGUUAAAGAUAUCUCCGCAAAGAAGACGGUCUCAGGAACCGUCAAUUUCCCACUUUGGGAAGGCUUCAACAGCAGCAAAUGUGGCGUCGCCGUUUUUGUGCAAAACGGAUCUCACCAAAUCUUUGGCUCCCAAAACUUCCAGUUGCCGGAUAACCUAUGAAUUUCAGUUGAUGAUUCCCAGCUUUUUAGUUCUUAGGAUGCUUAUAUUGUUUUCUCUGCUAAAAUUCUCCGGAUAUGAUGCUAAUUAUUGAAUUGGUUUGAUGAUAUGAGCAAAACACAAAAAUGGUAUGGAAUGUAUUGAUAUUAUCUAGUCAAAAGUGCAUAUUAGAUUUUAUACACAAAUAAAAGGAUGUUUUUUGUCU